AUGCAGAAAAAGUGGAUGUUGAGCAGUGAGCAGCUGAAGGAUGAGUACCCUGAGGAUGGCUUGGAAAGGCACAUGUACUCGGAUACUGAUGGCAAAGAGUGCCGUUUGCUUGAGUGGACUUGGGAUACAGCUUUGGCAAAUACUGCAGGGGCACGGGCAAAUAAAUGCAUUUUUGAACAUAAUGUGUACUUAAGUAAGAAACAUCAGUGCCAUCCUAAUUUCACAUCUGUUAGAGAGAGUAUUUGGGUUGGAAGUCAUCAGGCAUUCUAUGUCGUUGAUGCCAUUAAAUCAUGGUAUGAUGAGGUCAAAUUCUGUAUUUUCGCAGUGCAGAAAUGUACUAAGGUUUGCGGUUAUUGCAUUCAGGUAAUAUUUGGGACUUCAUAUAAAAUAGGCUGUGCAGUUAGUCUAUGUAUGGAGGUUGCAGAUAUACAAAAUGCAGCAUUUUUUUUUUGCAACUAUUUGCCAGAGAACCUUGAUGUUAAGUCUCCUUUAGCAGGAGAGGGGAAACCUGUCCUGGUUUUGGAGCUGGUGAUUUCCCCUUAUUUUAGAGCAAAGGACUUUAUAAUUGUUUUCUGUUUGAAACACCACCCCCCUUGGGAGUUCAGCAUUGUAUGUGAUGAGGCUUGUAUCACCCUCAUAGUUUUGAAAGCAUUGCUGAUGUUUCUUGCUUUGGUAGCUAUUAUCAAAAAAUGCUUUACAAGCAUGGGUAUGUCCACCUAA